AUAUAGGAGAUUGGGAGCCUGAAGGCUCCGGCGAGCACGGAGCAAGGGUUUGGUUGUCCUGAUAUUCUGCAAGAAGGUCAAUGGCAUCAUGGUGGUCGUGCUAAACAGGGCCGUACUGAAGAAUUCAUUCGUUUCGUUGUACCUCGAUGGGCAGCAGAUACACAACCAGAAGAUGCACUAUAUUUCGCAAAAUCCUGGAGGCGGUGCCGCUAACUUGACCGUCGCUUCCUCUGUUUAUGGUUACAUCGGAACGCCACCUGCUUGGAGGCGAUAUUCUAGAUUGUGCUGGAAGCAAGGACCUUGUCACUUAUUUGAAGAGGUUCUACCUCCAAACACAGUGACGUACAUGUACCAGCUAGGACUCGCACUACAUGGGCUCUUUUCUGGCUCCAAUUUUGAACAACCCAGACAUAGGAUCGCGGUCACGGAGGAAAAGGUCGUCUUCGGCCUGAACGCCAAAGCGGUCUCGCAAUUGACCUUAAAUAAAAUAAGAAAAGUCUACAGCCGAACUGACAAUAAGUCUAUAGCGAAGCAGCUGGGCAUGUCUAGCCACGAAAGUGCUACCCCCAUCAGGAUCCUUCACAAUUCAGCAGGACAUCUAGCCGGUUCGGCUAGAACUUUAAGAGGGAGUUAUUAUUGGGUACUUGGGAGUGCGAGUUUUCUGUCCAAGCCCGUUAGCUACGACAAUAGACGCUGUGGGAGGUUGCUCGGUACUUUUGGGACUUAUUGCGAUGGCACAAGAUAUAGAAAGCUUGUAUGCAGGCUUUGGUAUGCGUUGUCAAAAGUAACAAAGUGGCUCAAUCGGAGAUGGAUCGACGACGUGGUUACCAAACUUUGGCUAUGUUGCUCCGAAGAAAAAGAACUUUGCUUAAAUUCGCAUAUCCUUCAUCUUGCUUUCAGCUUGGUAGGCACCGUAGAUAGUGGAAGAGAGUCUUCAGCGAUUCCUAACAGGACUGCGUUUCAAGAUCUUUUGUGUGACCUUGAAGUUUGGUACGAAGCCCCCGGAGAACUCCUCAGAUCGCAUCUCGAGCACCUAUACGAACUAGCGGCCGAAUCCAACGAAAAGAGAACAAUUCUUGGGUGAUGAGGGAGCUCCAGCUGGUAGAGAAGCUUCUACAUAUCUGUCCCGACGUUAAACAUCCAGCCACACGACAAGUCCUCUUCUCUCUGCUUAGCGUUUUUGCUUAGCAACCAACCCAGACACAACGACUUGUUGCUCUUCGGACAAUUCAUGGCUUCCACGCUGCCUUCGACCUCCGAAGAGUCAGAAAAAGCUCUGGAGCUUCGGGAAG